AUGAAGUAAACAUUUAUUAUACUUUAUUUUAGCAAAAAAGAAGAAGAAUUAAUAGCUCUUCUUACUGGCUUAGCAGCUCUUGAAUUUAUUGAAGAAUAACGUCAAAAAAAAGAGCAAUAGGAAUUGGUUUUUCUGCUUUCUCUCCUAGCUCUUUAGUAACAUUAAAAAGAAAAAAAAGUUCUUUAGCUACUUUCUUGUUGUUAGGACGACUGUAAAUGUAAGAACAAAAAAAAGAAAGUUAAAACUUGGUAACAUCAUUGUGGAGGAAAUGUUUAUUAAACAAACUAAGGGACAAUUAUGUGUGAGAAGUGUGGAUCGGAAAAACCUUCUCAUUUUUGGUAUUUAUAUUGUCAAAAUGAAACUGCAAGCGAUUAUAAUUAUGCUGUUAACUCUUUUGAUAAUUGUAUAUUUAAUUGUGGAGAAUCCUUAAAACAAGUUAAGGAUAGACAAGUUGCUAUUGAUUUCUUAAAAGAAUACUACAAUGCACUAAAAAAUAAAAUAGGAAAUGGAAAUAAAUGA